AUGUCAAUACCUAUAGAUGGUAGUGUAAAAGAUAAAUCGAAAAAGGGGAAAGGUAGAGUAGAAGAAGUUGAUCAGAGUAGAGAACGGGUUAGUAUUGAUCUGGUGACUUAUUUUAAAAAAGUAGCUUUGAAAAAAGAAAAGUUUAUAGAGAAAAUAGUUCAAGCAAUGAUGGAAAAAGUUAUAGAGGAGAUUAAAAGGA